UAUGUCAAAGUUUUUGAGUACAUUUUUCAAAUGUUUUGGUGAUUUUAUAUAAAUAUUAAAGUGCAUAUGGAUUAUUGUAUGCAGUUUUGUGAAGUUUUAUAAACCGUGUUUUAGAUAUUAGUAUAAAAUUUGACAUUUUAUUAAUAGCUAAUCGUUUAAUUUCGAGUGUUUGGUUAUUUUAUUGAUUAUCGUCAUAUCCUGAGAUGGAUAUCAUCAAAACUCCAAAGCUGGAGAACGUCCAGAUGCUGGAUAAAUACAAUCUUAGGAAUCCAUCAAAAGGCACGCUGUACUUUGCAACAACUCACCUCAUAUUCGUUGAUCAUGAAAUGAGAAAGGAAACUUGGAUACUUCUAAUGCACAUAUCAACAGUGGAACGUUUGCCGAUCACAACGACGGGCUCGCCUCUGUUAGUUCGCACUAAGACCUUCCAAUCUGUGUUCUUUGUUAUACCGAGAGAACGGGACUGUCACGAGAUGCACCAGACCCUGCUGAGGUUAAGUCAACCGGUUAACCUGGAAGAGCUAUACUGCUUCCAUUACAAGUCUACUCCGGACGACCUUCCCAAGUCAGCUGGUUGGAAUUUCUUCGACAUACAGACAGAGUUCCAGAGAAUGAAUGUCCCCAAUGAACAGUGGACCCUCUGUAACGCUAACAGAGAUUAUGAGCUUUGUGACACUUACCCAAGCGAGAUUUACGUACCGGCUCGAGCCUCCAGUGCGGUGUUACUGGGCAGCGCCAGCUUCCGGUCCCGCGGGAGGUUGCCGGUGUUGGCUUACUUGCACCAUAACAAAGCGGCCAUCGCCAGAUGCAGUCAGCCAUUAAGCGGAUUUUCUGCCAGAUGCAUGGAAGACGAACAAAUGUUGGAUCUCAUCCGUCGCGCAAACCCCAACUGCGGGUACAUGUAUGUCGUGGACACACGACCGAGGAUUAAUGCGAUGGUGAAUCGUGCCGCUGGCAAGGGCUAUGAGAACGAAGCCUUCUACGAGAACAUCAAGUUUCAGUUCAUGGGCAUCGGUAACAUACACGUGAUGAGGAAGAGUCUUCAGAAACUGGUUGAAACGUGUGAACAAAACUCUCCCACAAUGUCGUCCUUCUUGAAUGGCUUGGAGUCAUCAGGUUGGCUGAAACAUAUCAAAUCUAUCCUGGACACGUCCUGGUGGAUAGCCAGCGCUAUAUCCGGAGGAGUGAGCGUCUGUGUUCACUGCAGCGACGGCUGGGACAGAACCGCUCAGGUGUGCUCGCUGGCCGCCCUGUGUAUAGAACCUCACUACAGGACUAUCAAUGGCUACCAGGCGUUGAUCGAAAAGGACUGGCUGUCAUUUGGCCACAAGUUCACGGCUCGUUGUGGUCACGUGGCGUGUGACUCACGAGAACGAUCGCCCGUCUUCACACAGCUGCUGGACUGCACCUGGCAGCUGCUGCGGCAGGCCCCAGAGGCCUUCCAGUUCAACGAGAGGUUCCUACUAACAUUACACGACCACGCCCACGCCUGCCAGUACGGGACAUUCAUUGGUAACUGCCAGAAGGAUAGGCGAGAUCUCAGAUUGUCGGAGCGAACGUUCUCACUAUGGGGCUAUAUGGCGAGUCACCUCAAUGAGUACAAGAAUCCACUGUACAAUCCCAAAGCCUACCCCGACAUAUUGAAACCCGACUUGAGCGCUCAGAGUAUCAGGUUCUGGCGCGGUAUGUAUUGUCGCCAUGAGAGCGGUGUCCAUCCUCGGGAGUCUCUGGCAGACCUGCUGCCGGCCGCCGUACACCACGCCACCGCCCUGACUCAUCACAUAGAUUACCUGGCUAAGAGGAUAUCGACGUUCAAAAACCUUUUGUCCGGACGGAAGAGAAAAGAUGACACCGUCGUGAACUAUCAGAACGGAUCCUCGGACACCGUGGACAUUGAGACCAAGAUGGAGGCUGCGGAGAUUGAUAAUAAACUUCACUACGAGUCCGGCGGCAACCUAUCAGAGCUGGAGUGCGCUAACCACGACCACCCACUGAAGGAAGGAGCUCCCAAAAUAAUACCGCUCAUAACAGAGAAGGCAGACGCCAUGAUACCCGCGACCCUGAGCCUGCUAGAGGCUGAGAUCAGCACAGUGGCACUCGACUGGAAGACUAUCAAGAACGUCACCGAGUGUGGCUGCUCUACACCCUUGGAUCACUUCAGCAGGAAGCAUCACUGCUGGGGUUGCGGCCGUGUGGUUUGCACGCGGUGUGUGGCCGCUCGGGCAGCCCUGCCAGCCCUGCACGCCGCUAGAGCGGCACCACUGUGUGCAGCUUGCGCACCCUCCACACCCUCCACCCCUGUCACUCCACCUGAUUUGUUGACGUCCGCAACCUAAUUAGAGUACUAUAGUAUUAUGUUUAAAUGGAAAAAGGAAAUAAAAAUAUAAGUUUUGCAUUUUGUUAUAUAGGCUGUAUUAGAUCAUUUAGUCGGAUACUCUUAAGAUAUUUGUAUAUUUGAAAAGAUUUAUUUUAAAAAAACAAUAAUAUUUGAUAAGUUAUGUAACCUUAUUCUAAGAUGCAUGUUUUUUUUUUGUAAAAGUAAUCAUGACAAUUAAAAUUAUGUUAUGUAAUUGUUAUAUGUAUUAACCAUAAGUAAAGUUGUCUUCACUUAAAUAGUUACCGGACUUAUUCCUAAUAAACAAAUUAUGUAAAUAAUUCCGCACAAUUAAUUACAUAUAUAUAUAAUGUUUUAUGUACAUAACAGUAAAAGCUGUCCUCUCGAACUUUGUCAUAUACCAAUAAAUGUAAUAAACCUUU